AUGUUUGUACAGGUGAAAAACUACGAAAAGUUUCUUCUGGACAUACUGAUCAGGGCCUUACAUGACACUUUGAGUUCUGAAGUCAUUGGCGAGAGCAUGAAAGCACUGGCCAAAGUCAUGAAGGAAAACGAUGUAGGUUCUUCCUUCAGAGACCUCACCCAACAGAUCCGGACCUACUUUGACAAUGAGGAUGAUCCUCUUUAUUCCUUGGCCUUUGUCCUAUUUGGCAUCCUGGCCCGCUUGACAAAGAGAACAUGGAAGGCCUAUUUUGCUGACCAGGUUAGACAGAGCUGGGUUACACUUCUGCUGCACCUGCAAGACCCAAACCCUCAGGUUUCAAUGAAAUGCAGAGCUACAUUUCACCUCUGUGCCCUGUUUUUGGGACUGAAGAGGCUCCAAACUGCAAUUAAUGAGCACCUUGGUGGCACAGCUGAGCUGAAGCCUGAAGAGCUCUGAGUGGACAUUUGCAGAC